CUGAAAGUAAAAAAAGAUGGAAAAAAGUGACAUCACGAAAAUGUCACUCGAAUUUGUUUGGAACAAAUGUGUCACUGUCACUGAUGGAAAGUUUCAAAUGGACAAAAACCGAAAUGAAAGUAACAAUUUUAUAAUUUCACCAAAAUGAAGAGGUUACAGAAAUUAUCAUUCAACUUACGCUGCUGUGGAAAAUCAUACCGUCUUCCUGUCAAGAAUGCGUUUUACACCACCACCUCUGAAACAACUAGGAAUGGAAACCCAAGUGCUCCAGAAGAACAGGCUAUUCCAGUGUCAAACAUCAGUGCUGAAAAAUCGGUGCCAAAUAUUGAAGACGAUCCAGCACAUAACCUUGAGCCCAGAGUUGGCUUAACGGAUACUGCUGACAUACGAAGCAAGCGCGUGGCUGCCAAGAAGUCGAUUUUGAAACUGGGAGCAUGCAUUCAUCUGGGAGUCCCUAUGAGGAAUUUCUCGUCUGUCCAAAAUCCAUGUGCGUCCCGCGAGCCGAAGACCAAGAAGACGGCGGAGGCGAAAUCCCCACCGUCCGGUUCUUCCCUUGGAGGCGCGGGAGUCCCUCCCAAGUCGAGCUCCGGCGGCGCUCAGGGCAAAAUCAUAGCUGUGAUUGGCGCAGUAGUAGAUGUGCAGUUUGAAAAGAACUUACCUCCAAUAUUGAACGCCCUCGAAGUGCCAGGAAGAACUCCGCGCCUGAUCCUGGAAGUAGCCCAGCACUUGGGCGAGAGUACGUGUAGAACUAUCGCGAUGGACGGCACCGAAGGUCUGGUGCGUGGCCAGCCCAUUGUAGACACCGGGGCGCCUAUCACCAUUCCAGUGGGGGAGCCAACACUGGGCAGGAUCAUCAACGUCAUCGGAGAACCUAUAGACGAGCGCGGCCCCAUAAAUACGGACAAGUUCGCCCCCAUACACGCGGACGCGCCCCCCUUCGUAGAGAUGUCCGUGGAGCAGGAGAUCCUCGCCACCGGCAUCAAGGUGGUGGACCUGCUCGCGCCGUACGUCAAAGGUGGCAAAAUCGGCUUAUUUGGCGGCGCUGGAGUCGGCAAGACAGUACUUAUAAUGGAGCUCAUUAACAAUGUGGCUAAAGCACAUGGAGGUUUCUCAGUGUUUGCCGGAGUGGGAGAGCGUACAAGGGAAGGCAAUGAUCUCUACAACGAAAUGAAAGUGGGCGGAGUCAUCACGGACGAUUAUAAAACAUCGAAGGUAGCGUUAGUAUACGGUCAGAUGAACGAGCCCCCUGGCGCGCGCGCUCGUGUGGCGCUCACGGGGCUAACUUUAGCGGAACACUUCCGAGACAAGGAGGGACAGGAUGUGCUGCUGUUCGUCGACAACAUAUUCAGAUUCACGCAGGCGGGGUCUGAGGUAUCCGCGUUGCUGGGCCGCAUACCAUCAGCCGUGGGCUACCAGCCCACCUUAGCUACGGACAUGGGCACCAUGCAGGAGAGGAUCACCACCACCAAGGCCGGCUCCAUCACCAGCGUGCAGGCGGUAUACGUACCAGCGGACGACCUGACAGACCCCGCUCCGGCUACCACAUUCGCUCACUUGGACGCUACCACGGUCUUAUCCCGGGCCAUCGCCGAGCUGGGAGUGUACCCGGCUGUGGACCCUUUAGACUCUACCUCGCGCGUCAUGGACCCCAACAUUAUAGGGGCCGAACACUACGCUGUAGCUAGAGGCGUGCAGAAAAUAUUACAGGAUUACAAAUCGCUACAAGACAUAAUCGCCAUCUUGGGCAUGGACGAGCUCUCUGAAGACGACAAGAUGACUGUGGCGCGCGCACGCAAGAUACAGCGUUUCCUCUCGCAGCCAUUUCAAGUUGCGGAGGUGUUCACGGGCCACGUCGGGAAGCUGGUAAAGUUAGAGGAAACUAUAAAGGGAUUCAAGAAGAUCUUGGCCGGCGAGCUGGACCACAUCCCAGAGGCGGCAUUCUACAUGGUGGGCACCAUCGAGGACGUAGUCGCUAAAGCGCAGGAGCUGGCUAAAACUGUCUGACCAAAUGCUAUGGAAUGAUUACUUACAAUAAAUGAACUGUGA